AAGUCAUUAUUUUUUAAUCGUAUUUAGUGCAAAUUUUACAUUUAGAUUUUGAAACCAUUUUUUCACACCUACCAGGUUUGGCCAAAAAGUUGCACGGUACUCGUAAAGCAGAGUCUAUAGCGCGACUGCUCCAGGACCAAACCCCAAAUUCACAGGGAAGGAGAGAGUGAAGGAGGAACUGAGGACGACCAUGGCGGAAUCGUAUCUUCUUCCUUUCCUCGCAGUGAUUUUAGUGCUUCUGACACCCAUCUCUCAAGCAAGAUCUAAUUCAAUCCUUCAUCGGCCGCAGCCCGCUCCUCUAUCCUUCGCCGUCAAUUCCACCGCCCACAACCACCAGAAUGGUGCCUGCUCUUUCACUGUGGAUAUCAGGACAAGCUGCUAUUCCACCUCUCUCACCACAGACCAAAUCAGUCUUUCUUUCGGGGAUGCUUAUGGAAAUCAGGUAUAUGCACCAAGGCUAGAUGACCCAUAUUCAAGGACUUUCGAGCGGUGCUCAACCGAUACAUUCGAGAUACACGGUCCAUGCACAUAUCAGAUAUGCUACCUGUACUUGUACAGGAGCGGGUACGAUGGGUGGAUACCGCUUGACGUUACCGUCCGCGGGUAUUACACAUAUCCCGUCACGUUCUACUACAACGUGCCUAUUCCCGGAGAUGUUUGGUACGGGUUUAACAAAUGUUCUCGCGCCGUCAGAGGGUAUUCCAAAUGGGGAUGGAGUGUGAUCACCGCGUUUGGCUCAGCAUUGUAUGCACUGGCUGGUCUGGGCAGUGACUAGUUUUGGAGUAAAUAGGUUGUGAGGUCUUAUAGGGCUGUUUCUUUCCAGGAAUAAAGGGUAUCCCAUGUUUGGAUUGAUGAUGGAAUAAUGAGGAGUAAAACCAGCCUGGGGAAUGUGUAGUUUGUGAACUGCUAGAUUUUAU